CUCUCUCCCCCCCGCCCCUCCUCGUAGUGAUUAGGUGGUGGCAGGCAGAAGACAAGUAACAACAUGAAGGGUGGUGAUGUCGAGGUUGGAGUGGCACCACCAUUGUAUCCCGGGAUGAUGGAAAACCCCGAGCUUCGAUGGGCAUUCAUCAAGAAGAUCUAUUCCAUCCUCACCGUGCAGAUCCUCCUCACCGUCGCGGUCUGUGCCGUCGUAGUGGCCGUUCAUCCGAUAGCCGACUUCUUAUUCACGACGAGCCCCGGACUCGCCAUCUACAUUGUCUGCCUUGUUCUGCCAUUCAUCAUUUCGAUCCUCUUGUACACCUAUCGGCAAAAGCACCCUUUCAAUUUUGUUCUACUCGGUUUCUAUACGGUUUCCAUAAGCUUCGUCGUGGGCCUCACCUGUGCCUUCACCAGCGGCAGGGCCAUCUUACAAGCAGCUAGUGUGACGGCAUUGCUAGUCGUGGGCUUGACUCUUUACACAUUCUGGGCAGCAAAACGCGGCCGUGAUUUCAAAAUUCUUGGGCCUUUCCUCUUCUGCUCAUUGGUUGCUCUUAUUGGCUUUUGCGUCAUCCGGUUUUUGUUUCCGUUUGGCAAAAUCACCAAUACCAUCUUCGGCUGUAUUGGGACAAUCAUCUCUAGCGGAUACAUAAUCUACGAUACAGAUAAUCUGAUCAAGAGAUAUGACUACGACAAUUAUAUCUGGGCUUCAGUCAAUAUUUAUUUGGACAUCAUCAACCUAUUCCUUAGCUUUUUCUCACAAGUACUCAAACUGCUUCUCUCUCUUAAGGCUCGAGCGUCGCAGGCCUGAAUCUUCUACAAGGGGGUGAGAGCCUACUGAAGGGGGAGGAGGAGGUGCAACCGGGGGGUGAUAGAUGAAAAGAGCCAUCAUUGACACUCUUAAAAAAUCAUAAGCCUCCUCUUGUAAGUUGGUGACUGAUGAUAAAGUGGUAGAACCUUCACCACCGUCCUUCUCAAACUCUAUAAAUAGGAUGUUGGUCUUUGUGUCUACCAUCAAGAGAGUGGUGAGUGUCUUGAGCAAGAGUUUGGUAAGUUCGUGUGUUCGAGCUCGAGUGUGGAAAUUUUAAGUGUGUGCUCAAGUGCAAAGACGUUGGUACUUGGAUAAUAGCUCACUGUGUGAGUUUGUUGAGGUGAGUUCUUGUAUCUCACUUUUGUAAGUUUCAUCUUGACAAAUAAUGCAAGUAUAUUAUUUAAGUA